AUGAGUAACGUCAAUGAAGUUUCUCGGUCCCCAGAGGAGCCGGAAACCAGUAAGGGUGUAAAGGCCCCAAUACCAACGGGAAUGACCCAAGCACCUGUUCAAAUCCUCGUCUCGAAAAUCCGCGAGGAACGCCGAGUUGCAAUCUUGAAGUCGCGUCGUCCUCCCACCAUUGACCCUUUCGACCUUCCAGUAGGCGAUAUCCUCGUGCUGGAGGGAGGGAAAGAAGGUCUUUUUGUCGGGGCUGGUCGGUUACUGGGAAUUUCACACCCUACGAGAUCGAGCGGGAAGCGGAAGGAGCACAGAACCCAGAGGAAACACUGGCCGAGGCUGCUUGAAAAUCUCGAUCUGGCUCAAUAG